GGCUGAGGAGCUCCAAAGCCGAGGACGGUGGGCUGGGAGCCGGAGACUCCAAAGCCCUCAGCAACUUCCCGGCCCCACAGCCCCACCCAGUAGCACGCGGCCUCCCCCAGAGACCACAGGAGACACCUUCGUCCCCGCCCCUCCGCAGGUCACCUCCUUCCACGCCCCUUUCCCUUGGCCCCGGCAGCCGGCAGGCAGGGAAGUGUCGUAAAGCCAGGCCUAGGAAACUUUACCCGGGGUAACAGCCGAGGCGCUUUACGGCGACGGCGGCUGAGUGUGAACCUUGGCGGUGGUGGAGGCGGCCGCGGCGGCGAAGGAGGCGGCGGCAGCGGCUGAGGAGGAAGAGGAGUGGCGGCGGGGACCUGUGCGGGGAUGGCGGAGGUACCGCCUGGGCCUAGCAGCCUCCUCCCACCACCAGCACCUCCGGCCUCGGCGGCGGCCGAGCCCCGCUGUCCCUUCCCGGCGGGGGCCGCCCUCGCCUGCUGCAGCGAGGACGAGGAGGACGACGAGGAGCACGAAGGCGGCGGCGGCAGGAGCCCGGCGGGCGGCGAGGCGACGGCGGCGGCGGCGGCCAAGGGGCAUCCGUGCCUCCGCUGCCCUCAGCCGCCGCAGGAGCAGCAGCAGCUCAACGGAUUGAUCAGCCCCGAACUGCGGCACCUCCGGGCGGCCGCCUCCCUCAAGAGCAAGGUUUUGAGCGUGGCCGAGGCGGCCACGACCACGGCCACCCCCGACGGGGGGCCCAGAGCGACUGCAACAAAAGGAGCUGGGGUACACUCGGGCGAGAGUCCCCCUCACUGCCUCCCCAAUAAUGGAAGAACUGCGCUCCCCAGCCCGGCAGAGGCAGUGGCGGCGAGCGAUCCUGCGGCGACCCGCAAUGGACUGGCGGAGGGCACCGAGCAGGAGGAGGAGGAGGAGGAAGACGAGCAGGUGCGGCUGCUGUCUUCAUCCCUGACCGCCGGCUGCAGUUUAAGAAGCCCCUCAGGCAGGGAGGUUGAGCCUGGGGAGGAUCGGACGAUACGUUAUGUCCGAUAUGAAUCCGAGCUACAAAUGCCCGAUAUCAUGAGACUGAUCACCAAAGAUCUGUCUGAACCCUACUCCAUUUAUACCUAUAGAUAUUUUAUCCACAACUGGCCACAGCUGUGCUUCUUGGCCAUGGUAGGGGAGGAGUGUGUAGGUGCCAUCGUUUGCAAGUUGGAUAUGCACAAAAAGAUGUUCCGCAGAGGUUAUAUAGCCAUGUUAGCCGUGGAUUCCAAAUACAGGAGAAAUGGCAUUGGUACAAACUUGGUUAAGAAAGCUAUAUAUGCCAUGGUUGAAGGAGACUGUGAUGAGGUUGUUUUGGAAACAGAAAUAACGAAUAAGUCUGCUUUGAAACUUUAUGAAAAUCUUGGUUUUGUUCGAGAUAAGAGGCUGUUCAGAUACUAUUUAAAUGGAGUUGAUGCACUGCGACUUAAAUUGUGGCUGCGUUGAGAAACUGACAUCAAGGAACAACUUUCCAACCAUGCAGAAUCGACCUUUGCAUGCAAUGCAAUUUGUACAAAAUUGCUUUGCAGGUGGAUUUAGUAAUUUCCAUGCAGCUCUUAUCUGUCAGUGUCUCAUUGAGUGUCGCACAAUAUUUGUUGCACUUUGGCAUGGCGCAUUUGUUCCGAAUUAAAAGAGAUUGUUUUAAACUUAAAAGAGUUCUUUUGGUACCAGCAAGAUGUGCCAGUUGAUAGCCAAGAUUUGUUUGUUCAUUUGCAAAGUCUGCUGACAAUGUCAUUUACACAGUGAUCAUUUUGUCACAGAACCAGUAAGUGGAACAUGAUUUUUGUUCCUUAAAAAAGCCAAUGUAGAUUGUAAAAAUCUCCAAGUUAUACUAACAUUUCACAUGAAACCUGCCAUCGUUUUCUGAAGGGGGUGGGGGAAAAGCUUCAAUUUUAGGUUUUAUUUUUUUAAUAUUAAAUUUUUCCAUUCUUGAAUAUUGGUACCUCAGUGAUUAGUGAAUGAAAAAAAUGUUAUGUAGGGUUGGGUGUGUCUUACAAUGAGUAAAGAUAACAAUUAAAUUGCGUCUGCCAGUGCCUGUGUAGAUAAAUAUAUUUGUCUUCAUCUCUAGUUUUUGAAUGCAUGCUAUCUUUUCCUUUUCUUUAAGGUCUUUGCAAGCAAACUUUUGUUUUUAUUUAAAUUCUAAAUUUGAUAAUAAAUUAUUUCAGAUUUUUAUAAUUUGGAUACUUUUUGCCAGGUGAGUGACAGAGUGGUUUACUGUAAAGUCCCUUUUUUCCUUACAGUAAGAAGUUGAAUCUACUUGGAAAAUCUUUGAGAAAUGACUCAAAAGGGAUGAGAAAAGUUGAUGGAGCCGGGAAUUGCUGGGUUUUUGGAUGCACUUUUUUUUUUUUUUGAGAGAGGGAAUUUUUGGAAAAGAAUAGAAAAUUAAUGUAAAUUGGUAUGAUUUUAUUUAAUCAAAAUUAUCGCUAAGCUGUGAAGGACAGCUUUUACAAAGCAGUUGGAACUUUUCCCACUUGAUUUGGAUUUCACAUUGCUUCUGUUUCUUAAAAUGCUUCACUUUUGGCUCUUGGUCUUGGAAAUAAAUUUCAAGGUGCAUUGUAUCCAUUUUAAACUGAUUUUCUUUUCACUUAUUUGAGCAAAUUCUUGGGGAAGCUUUGCUUAGUCCUCAAAAAAACAAAAGGGAAAAUUGUAAAAAAUUUUUGGAAUGAGUUCUAUGGGUUUUCUUAAUAGUUAUUACCAUGUUCAGUUACAUUGUAUUUUGGCCAAUCUGUGCAGUGUAACAAAUUUUAAAGUUAAUUGCUUUCAAUUGAGUCAGGAAACCUGUGAUGGAUAAUUUAACUGGAAAACCUAGGUACCCAUAAAAAAAAAAAAUUGAUGCUCUGUGAAAAAUGUUUUGUAGGAUUCUAUGUUGUUUUUUCUUUAAUUUGGAUAUGCUUUACUUCUGCUCUAGGAUUUGGUUUGAAUUUUAUUUUAUGGCUAUAAUUACUGUAUUUUUUAAAACCCUACCUCCAUUAACAGUUGGUAAAAGCCCCCUUUCAGGAAAGUUUGUUGCCUUUUUUUUUUUUUUUUUUUUUUUUAAAAAGGAAAGCUGCUCCUUGCUCAGUGUAGUGUCUUGAAAGUGAACAUGGUAUUAAGUACUUUUAAAAUAAUGGUACACAGAUUUGGUGAAAAUAAAAUCUUCCUGCUGGUGGGAUCAUUUAUAGUUCCUUAUUUUUAAAGACAACUUUUUCUUUCCAUUUUAUGUUGCUCUUGAAAGUUUAAUCGGCAGAGUACUGAUUACAUUAAAAAUGUGAUGAUCACACAAUACUCAGCUUUCCAGCUGACGAUUUUGAGUAUGUCUUUGCUCAAAUGUCAUUUGGGCUCUAGCAUUUAGAGGAAUGCCAAUCAUAGUGAUGCUUCUGUUAUUUUUAAUAUGGAGGGAACUGAGCUAAAACAGUUAUCAAAUUUUAUCUCACCACUUUAUAUUUGACUUGCUGAUUCAUGAGUAAUGAUAGUUGAUGAACAUACAGUUGCUUGACUCACUGAUGGGGACAGUUCCAAAGUAGAUACAUGCUGGAUUUUCAUUUCAACCAUUAUGUUUUUGGCACGUUGUCAGUGAAACCAUUUCUACUGACCUUUUGCCCCAGAAUUGACCAGGUUUUGCUGAACUGACUGGGUGUUUGUAAACAUGACCAUAACAUGUGGCUAAAAAGUCAGAUGGUUGCUGUAUUGUUCAAUUGGUGUAUGUUGAAUAUAGAUGUCUCCCUUAUGUCUUUCAUUGGUUAUGCAAAAAUUGUUUACUUAAGUAGACUAAAAUUUUAAUAUCUAGCUUGAUAACCCAGCAUCGAAACUAAGUCUCCAUUCCAGUUGAAGUAGCAUCGUACAUUAAUUUACUUUUUGAUAGUGGGCUUUCAUUUUUCUUAUAUGAUCUUAAAACAGUCCCAGUUAAAAUUGAUAGAGUGAGUUCACUUGGCUAAAACUGAGCAAAAUUGGUGCAACUUUCUUUUAACGGGGUGCUGCCUCUUUAAGACUGACUGUACUAUCCACUGACACUGGUUUGGCAGUUGGUACUGCUGAACAUUUUUAUACAUGCUACCAUGAAGCUAUAUAUGUUAGUAUUGAAGAAGCUAACGGGUAUACUAUCAUUUUUGAUAUGUGGGCUGAUUGUAAUUUCCCUUACUUUAGGAUGAAACUACUCUAGAGAAGUCCACAGAUCAGAAACCAGACAGUAGUUUUUGAAGUCGAAGCCAACAAAAUAAAUAAAGAAAAAAGAAAAAAUUACUAUUAAAAAAUUGGUUUUGAUAUUUUCUGCCUCUUCCCCAAAUUACCCUCCCUACUUGCUUGACAAAUCUAUGUAAAGGACUUUGUUUGUCACGUUUUAAUUUUACCUUGCCCUGUGUUAUGGUAUUGGCUGACAUGUAUAAGACUGGAUGUGUAUAUUUAUUAUGGUGUCUAAAAAUCAUGAAGUUCAUCACUUUCCGGGAGCAUAGAUAAAAGCAAAUCGGUAGUGCAUCAGAGUUACUUUUCAGUGCACCAUGACAUCACUAAAAUGAGUGCUAUAAUGUUACAGGGCUUUCAGGUUUGUAAAAACAUAACCAUAAAUUAUAUUGACGUCAGAUAUGAGUUGAGUAUCUAUAAAGUAUCACGUGUAUCUCAAAAUAUUGGACUGCUGUUUGAUGACUGGAUAUUGCUGCAUAAUUUUCUUCUAUUGUCCCAUAUCCUUUUGGAGAGAGAGAUUUAAUGGGAUUUGAAAUGUGCAAGAUGUCUAAAUAAGAUGCAGUCAAAUAAAGUUGGUUAAGUUGUGUUUGCAUUUUUCUUUUAGAUACAGCUGUGUGCAUUUUAUGAUUGAGUUGUUCUGCUUUUACCUAAGAAAAAAAACCAAGCAAUCCAUUCAGUUCUCCACUUCCUGCCUCCCAUCCAAGAAUUAUUUGGGAGAAGUGAUAUAUAAUUGUUAUCUACUUUGUGUUCUGACAAAGUAAAUUUAAAAAUAACAGCAUGAAUUUGAUUUUCCUAAAAAUAUUCAAAGUUAGUCAACUCAGAUAUCAGAUAUCAAUACAAAUGAGAGCAUUUUUGCAUGUAUAAAACCAAAACUUGGUUUUUUGUCCUUGUCCCAUAGCAAUUUAUUCCUAAGACUGUUUUUAUUUUAAUUUACUACCUUUUUUGUUUGUACUUAAGUAAUGUUUCUCCCCCCUUGUUAAGACACCAAAGUAAAAUAGAGCAAUAUCUGGGCUUUUUGCCUCAUUCUUGUAAGGAGCUUUAAAUGGUAGUUAUGUAUGCUUUUAUAUUUAAAGAUUUAUGGAUGUUAGUGGAAGAAAGAGAUGUUUUAAAUGUGAGUACUAAAUUACUUUCAUCAUCCAUGCAGUAUUCACUUUGUUCUUUUAUAGUUAGUAAAAAUGGCUGAGUUCAUGUUUUACUUGAAUCUUAUAUGGGACUCCUGAAUACCUCAUAAAUUGUCUAAAUAAUGAUCGGAAAGUUGAUAGCAUCCUUUGACACCUAUGAACAGAGAUCACUAUUAAUGUGUAGCCCAGCGAUAUAGUGAGUGGUAACUUCUAAACAACUUUUAAAAGGGUGAGAAGUCUCAUGAGCAUAUAGCACGCUGCACUUUUUUUCAGAUCAGUGCUGUCCAGUGGCCCUUUUUACAAUAAUAAAAAUGUUCUUUGUGCUCUCCAGUAUGGUAGCCACUAGUCACAUAUAGCUGGUGAGCCCUUGAAGCAACAGCUAGUAUGAUUGAAGAACUGAAUUUUUAAUUUUAAUUAAUUGGAAUUUAAGUAGUCACGUGGCUAGUGGCUACUGUAUUGGACAGCAUAGCUUUAGAUAAUAUUUAAGCAGUAGUAACUAAGGAAAGUGUUUUUUCAGUAGGAUUUUUAAGACGACCAAGUUACUGAAAUAUGAAAUGGAAGCAUCAGGAUUAAAAAUCUCUGAGCAAGGGAACAGCUGCGCUGUUCAUGUUGAUUGUCUUUUGCAUCCAUACAGUUAUUUGACACCACCUCUCUCCCACCCCCAUUGUGAUGUAGCCCUUCUGAGAAAAGCCGCCCUUGAAGUUUUUAUUUGGAAAUUUUCUGGGUUGCAGAGAUGCACAGAUUCAAGUGGCAAUAAUUAGUUUCUGAUGAGACUGUCAUGUCUUUUUAGUGUUAAAAUAUUUUACAUAGUUAAACCUAAUAAUCUCUCAUUGUAGAUGAAUUUGAAGUCAUUUCAUGUCUAAAUGAGAUUGGUCAUUUCUCAUUUUACCAGUGUUCAAACUGGAACAUAGAAGUAUAUCGUAUUUGUACUUUAAUUCUGGAAGAUCAUUCAUGCUGAAGCAAAGGCGGCGAGUGUUUUUGUUUCUGAGAGAACAAGAUUUUGCUGUGUUCUCUGGCCAUGUCGUGUGUCACUCUUGAUUCUAGCUGGUCAUGUGGUUGGUGUAACUCAUCAAAAGGGCAGGAGUGAGGUUGAAAAACACCUGGCCAAGGGGAGUGCCAGGCUUGGUACAGUUUGUUCCCACUGCUGGGGAAAGAGCUCAAAGCGUAUGUUUGUUUGAUAGCAAUCAGUGUCUGAUCGUCAUAUGAAAAGACCUAGGGAUAACAAAGACCACCAAAGUGCCAAAAUCUAAUACUAAAAAAAAUGUGAACAAUGCAGGGGUUAUAAUGUAAGGUUUUUAUAAUGCUAAGAAAUAAGCUCAUUUUUAGUUAAUGGAUUUUCAUUACUACCUCUUUGCUGUAUAAAAUAUAUCUCAGUUUUCUAAUACCUCAAUUUCCUGAGAAUCUGUAUGUACGUUUUUGUAAAUAAAAAUUUACCAUAUGCUAGGGGAAGGACCUGGCUUUUAAAGAAAUUGUAUAAAGACCGUUGUUACUGGAUUUGUUAAACAGUGAAUCGAUUUGAAACUUCUUUAAAACAUUUUAUAGCCUUUUCUGGUCCCCUUGACUGAGGUGUUGUUUUUUUUGUUUUGUUUUCUUUCUUUUUUUAGUAAACAUAAUCUUAUUUAGUGAGAUCUGUGUUCAGGAAGCAUGUACCCUCAUUUGUUAAUUUACAACUGCAAAGAUUUGUAUGUCUCCUAUGUUUUCCUUUCAUGCCAAAGAAACACUUUUUUAAAAGCCAGCAGGUUGCACGAACUGAAAAAAAAAAUUUUUUUUUUUUUUUGCCCCUUAUACAGGCAUUCUUAAGUUUUAUUUCCUGGGAUUUAGAUACUUUCCAGAAAAAACAAUAUCUUCAAUUUUUUAGUUAAAGCUAGUGGUAAUAAUUUGUGAAAAUACAUGUUUUUAGGAAUGCAUUAGUUCCAUUAAGGAAGUAAUGACAGUUUUAAGGAACUGUGCUGCAUUCAGUCCACAAUUGCAUGAACCUUUUUAAAGCCAAUAUAAGAUAUAAUUGCUAAAUUGUGUGUGUAUGUGAACUCAGGAUUCAAUGGCCUAACAUGUAGGGGAUUGAUCGCUGUUAUCUUUAGGGCCAAAUUUCCCAUGAUUGCACACGGCUAUUGAUCUUAUUUUUAAGGGGGCUAAACCUGCUGCCUUUAAACUUUGCUAUCUCCCUCCCUCCAACUGUGGCUGUAAACAGUGACUCUGCAUAGUCAGCUAGCAUUAUACUUGAUUCUACUGUGAAUGCAAAUAAAAUUUGUUAAGUCCA